AAUGACAGCAUGACAGGAAAACAAAGCGGAGGAAAACAUAAACAUUGCAAACAUUCAAACUUAUUGAAUUAAACUUGUUCAGUCCAGCCAGUCGAAUCAGUCGUAUCCAGAUAAACAGUACAGCAUUUAACCUUGCUUGGACUUAUUCCGCCUUGUGUGAAGUUUUAAUGUUGAUAAUUUCCAAUAAGAAGGUUUCUUUAUUUCUUAAGAAAAAUGUCUAAAUGGCUAAUUAUUUUUAUUUCAUUGAAAUAUAUCUUGGCAGAUCCAACUCCCAUUGUUCUUUGGCAUGGAAUGGGUGAUACUUGUUGCGUCGACUUUAGUCUAGGAUCGUUUAAAGUGUUUUUGGAAAAAGAAAUUCCCGGUGUUUAUGUUCUAUCUUUGCAAGUCGGUAAUUCAACGAUCGAAGAUUUUGAAAAUGGGUAUUUCAUGCAUCCAAAUAAACAAGUUCAAUAUGUUUGCAAAUUACUGGCUAAUGAUCCAAAAUUAGCAGAUGGUUUUAAUGCAAUCGGAUUUUCACAGGGAGCUCAAUUUUUGAGAGGAGUUGUACAGCGUUGUGGGCAUAAGUUGCCAGCAAUAAAAUCCCUAAUAUCCCUAGGGGGGCAACACCAAGGGGUCUACGGGUUGCCACACUGUGGAGCGCUCCAGCAUGCGACUUGUGACUAUGUCAGGAAGAUGCUGAAUUAUGCUGCUUAUUACAGUUGGGUUCAGGAAUCUCUUGUACAGGCAACCUACUGGCAUGAUCCUUUAGACGAAGCUGUUUAUAAAAAAGAAAGUCAAUUCUUAGCAGAUAUUAAUAAUGAGAGAGAAAUUAAUAAAACAUACAUCGAGAAUCUUAACAGAUUGGACAAACUAGUGCUUGUGAAAUUCGAAAGUGAUAGCAUAGUACAGCCGAGAGAGACCGAAUGGUUUGGUUUCUAUACCCCAGGUCAGGCUAAAGUGCUGCAGUCGUUGGAGCAAUCUGAUCUUUAUUUACAGGAUCGUUUGGGAUUAAAGAAAAUGGAAGAAUCGGGAAAGCUCGUAUUUUUAUCAACUCCGGGCGAUCAUCUUCAAUUCGCUCAAGAUUGGUUUAUCGAGAAAAUUCUACAACCAUAUUUAUUGUAACAUUUAAAAAAUAAUCAAGAAGUAACAUCCAGUGAAAUAAAUAUUAUAUAAUUAUUAACUAUUUAUAUUGUUAUCAAUUUAAGGUUAUAUUAUAUAGAUCUGAA